AGAGAACAGGAAGGAAAUGAGAGAAUGAGAGCAGAUGAUGGGGGCAGGGGGUUUCCACUGAAGAGGAAGACUGUGGGGGAGAGGAGUGGGUGAGACGAGACUAAGAGGCGCGCAGGACGGAAACGUCUCUGCAUUUGCUACGCACACCAAAUCCAAAUUCAGAUUGAUAUCCAUAUUAGUGUCGACAAAGCCAGCCAGCAGUGCAGCGGACGGGAGAAGGCAGGUGACCUGAGAGUGCGGACUGAGGGAACUUAGAAAGCGUCAGAAACAGAACUGAAAGAGGGAGAGAGAGAGAGAGAGAGAGAGAGAGAGAGAGCCACAGAAGGGGAAGAUAGAGACUGGUGUCAAAGGAAAGAUGACCACAGCACCGUCAUGCAGUGAAGAUGAAUUUCGUCAUGAGAACAGGUGCUGUAAACGUUGCCCAAAAGGGGAAUAUGUCCGUUCACCAUGUUCACAAGGCUCCAAACAGACAGUCUGCCAGCCCUGCUCACGCGAUUACUUUCUAAAAGACGCAAACUUCCUUUCGAAGUGUCAACUUUGUCGAUCUUGCCAUUCUAGCAGUCACAUGGUGCUCGUGGGGGAGUGCAUGCCAGACCAAGACAGACGGUGCAAAUGUGAGGAGGGCUACUACUGUGAGGAUGACAGGUGUGAGCACUGUCGCCCUCUGUCUGCGUGUGCCAUUGGCUCUGGGGUCUCCACUCCAUCUAAUGGACGAAUGGACACAGUCUGCGAACGGUGUCCAGAAGGAAAAUACAGCAAUGUGACUGACUCAAAGACACCCUGUCUCCCGCAUACUCAAUGUGAAGUUCUUGGAAUGCGGACGAGGACGCCGGGCACGGAGAGCUCAGACGCUGUGUGUGCGGCGAGGGAGCCCGCAAGGUGUGAUUGGGCCUUACCUGCAUGCCUGUGGGCGGGGCUAAUUCUGACAGUUCUCAUCAUUGGCUUCGGCUAUUUUUUCCGAAGGGCGAAACGCAGAUCAAAGAUGAAAGUGUCCAGGCUGGAACUGCCAGUGAAUGACGUUGUCUUGAACCUCCCAAACCUCAUCCCAGAAGUAUACAAUCAACUAUACGAUGAAGAAAGCCAUGCACUGAACUGUAAUGGACGGCACAUUGACUCUGAUUUCGCUUCAACAGUGCUGGCCACUUCCUGUCAAGUUGAAGUUCAUCACCCUAUGAAGAGUGUGGACCUUGAGUGUGACGGACCCGGAAAGAUGCCACCACUCACGUCAUCGGACCACUUCAACCAAUCAGCAGCCAGAACAGGCGGGAUGAAAAUUUUCACCCCCUCUCCCUGUCAAUCACAGCCACAGGAGGAUGAAUGGUCCGGAACAUGAUUCUUGGCACGAUGCAUUACAGUUUUCAUAAGAAGAAAAAAACAGAUGAUAGGCCAAAAUAAAUGUAUAUUUUAUGAGCACAUUAUAUAUUGAUUUUUAAUUUCAUAUUUAGUUUUUAGUAUUUACUUCCUGUAAAAAAUAAAUAAAAAUUAAAUGCAGACACAAAUAGGUACAUAGUCAGGUACACAUUUUCCAAUUAAGUUCUGAGAGGAAGGCAGCCAUUUCACUCCGUUCUUGCGCUCUACCUGAAGUGAAAUUUCAACCACUGGGGAAAGACGACAGCACAAUGACACAGACAAAAAACUGCCAAAACAACCUUAAAGAUCUGCAAGAAUGUCAUUGGUGUCUCCUCCAUCAAAUUCUGUCUCCACCUGCAGGUGAUCACCGAAAACACCACCCUACUGCUAAGGCCGUGUGCUACACUGACACAUGGUGGUCAAAAAUAAAACAAAUUCGCAACGAACGUUGACAGCGCCCAGUGCGCUCAGCGUGCAGUCUGGUCCCACAGUAGCAGUUUCGUCACACUUGCCUCCUCUGAUGAGCAAUUAUUAAACACGGUCCUUCUGUAGAAAAUGGACCUCGGGUAGAUAAUUGUAUCGUUGCUUUGCUCUGUGCUAACUGCAUGGCAAUUCACGAAACGUGGAAAAACAUGGACGACGUGCGCAAGUGUCUGUGGUCCCCGGCAACUCGCAGCGCUGACAAGGUCGAGAUUUAGCCCGGGUUGCGCCACUUUCAGGUUACAUGUACCUCCAUCCAGCACUCAUAUUGUACUUUGUAUCAUUAUCUUCAUGUUGUAGCAUGUCAUGUCUCCUAGUUUGACUCGGCAUAGAGGUCAAAGAGUAAUGUUUACUGUGUGAACUAGACUUAAUGUGUUCAUGGCUAUGAAUAACUGUGACAAAAUAUGUAUUGUACCUUAUCGGACCUGUGUUUUGUAGUUGUUCCAAUGACCUUCGGUAAGCAUUUAUUGUACAUUGCUUUAUAUAAAAGAGUCUGCCAAAUCAAUGUAAUGUAAUGGAUUGUGAGUGGCAUCACUGAACUAGGGAUGAGUAUUUUGUCUCAACAGGACAUGGCCUCCCUUCACUGACUCCCAGUAUGUUUUAGGAUUGAUUUUAAAAUUGUAUUAUUUGCCUACAAAUCAUUAAAUGGGCUAGCUCCAA